AGGAAAUUAAUCUAUUUGUGUAUUCCUGUGAAAAGACUUCUUUCAAUCCCAGUUUUUUUUUCUUUUCUUUUUUUUCUUUUCUUUUUCAAAUUCACACCUUAAUGUUGAAGUUGUUUAGCAAAAAAAAAAAAAAAAAAAAAGCCUCAAUGAAAUGGCAACAUCAUGUCAGGAAGAACUGAGGGGGUUGAUUAUAGUUAGAGGCACUUACGUGAACUUGAAAUAGUUUUCUUUUUCUAUGAAAUUCCAUCUUUCUCUCUCUUUUCUUUUUCUUUUUCUUUUUUUACACAUAAAUGUAGGCAAUAAUGUAAAAUCUUCUAUGCAGCCCAAGUGUUUUUCUGGUGAACGGCCCAAUCAAGUCAAAAUGCUGUUACAGUACACACUGUAUAUAGAUCUGCUCUAUAUUUCAAAUCAAAUUUACACUGAAAAUGCAUGGAUUUUUUAAAAAAUAAUAAUUGUUUUAUAAUUGUUUAUAAAGUCAUUAAACUCGAAUCACUGUUUUCACCUGUAACAUGGCUGUUUGCAUCAGUUUACGUCAGGUUUGAAAGGUCUUUUUUCUCCUUGCCCCCUGCAUUUCUGAAAGCCAUAAAGUUUUCAAGUUUCACUGUGUUUGCAAUUUAACUCGCUCGUGUUCAGCAGGAUCAAAAUUCUCCAUGAGGCGAAGAAUCUGUGUGGCAUCUGUGUUACGUCUAACAUUUUUCCACUGAAUGAAGUACCGGAACUUACAGCGGGAGCGCCAAAACACAGGGGCGGGGCUAGCAGCACUGUUCGUUCCUGAUUGGUUAGACACAGCGCGUCAUAUAAAGCGCGACACCAUAAACACAAAAACAGACGCCAUUUUUGGGGAAAACAUUUCAGAAUAGUUCUUUCUUGAAAAUGGAGAAAACGAAGCCGUGGCACAACAAGGAGACGAAGACACUAAUAGGCAUCUGGUCAGAGGAUGAGGUGCAGCGGGAGCUGGAAAGUACUGUAAGAAAUCAGAAAGUGUUUCAAAAAAUAUCCCAGCGCAUGUGGGAACUGGGUUACAACCGCAGCCCAGAUCGAUGUCGAGUCAAAAUAAAAAAGCUCAAACAAGACUACAGGAGACUGAAAGAGUACAACAAAAGGAAUGGGACGAACCGAAAAACAAAGUGGCACGACGCGCUGGAUGCAGUUCUGGGACGCAGGGCGGAGCAUGUAGGCAGGAGCGUGACGGCGGAGUCCUCCACCUCGCUGCUGGAGUCUGUGAUGAGCUGUAACGGGGUGGAGGACGGAGGAGACAGCGAUGACGACGUGCUGUCAGUCUCUAUUGAUAAUGCAGAUGACAGGAGCAGAACCAGGAUCAGUUCUCCCAUACUUCCGGUAACGUUACCCCUGUCACCAGGCCUGUCCUCUCCUGCGUCCAGCAACAUUACAGCCGAGGAGCCCCGACCUACCGUGCCCCGUGUCCGAGGAAAAAGGAGACGAGGACACUCGAACCAUAUCGACGCUAUGAGAGAGAUCUUCCUUAUGGCCGAGGAACGUGAAGACAGACGGCAAAGAGUUCAGCAAGAAUUUGAAGAAAGACGACUUCAAGUCCUGCAGGAGUUGGAACACUCAGCUGGGAUUCGGGAGGCAGAGUUGAUCAACACCCUGGCACAGUUUAACCAAGGACUGCUCAGUGUUAUGGGGCAGCUAGUAUCCGUCAUGGCCAGCAACCACAGCCCUCAACCGCCACCUUAAAACGUUUGAUUUCCAAAACGUUUUUCUUUGGAUUGUUAUGCAGGACAAUUGCUGAAUGCAGUUAAACGUUUAUAAUUAAAAAAAAUAAUAAGCCCUUUUCAGUACACACUUUGAAUGCACUUAUAGGUAUUUGUAUCUUUCAUUAUGGCGACCAUAUAUUUAUUGGCCCUUUCAUCAGGUACAGCUACCAUAACGAUUACUUUGUAGAUACACGAUUACUCACUGAUCAGACAUGAUUUAGGUGAUGGACCAUUCUCAGUCCAUGAGUGACUCUGACAUGGUAGUGUGUGGGUCUGCUGGUACGAGGGUAUUAGGCUCAUUUGGCUUGUAGGUGGGCAGUCAGAGACCACAGCUCAUCUUUUUUCCGUGUACUGCUUGUGUUUAUCAUCCACUACCCUUACUCAGUGUCAGUUUGCGACCACUGACACACUCCACCCCAACACACGUGUUUAGAGCAGGAAAACUCUAUAAUGUGCAGGGCAGGGGGUACUCCAGGACCCGGGUUGGGAACCUGUGUGCUAACGUAAUUUCUAGGGGUGAAAUGAUACAUUGUGAAUCUGAAAAAAUGUGACUGUGCAAUAUCAGCAUUCUGUUACUUAUGCAUAUAAUGCAGUUGCACUGUCUGAACACUAGAGGUCCUAAUCUGCACAUCCCACCGAGUUAAACUAUAUAGCAAGAACACUGAUCGCAUUCUUUUUGUGGAAAGCCUGGGAGAUUCAUCUGCACUUGUGAAGUGACUGAUAGCCUGGUAGCUCCAGAAUGCAAUGCACAACAAGCAUUAUAUGUUUAUAUGGUCAUACGACCAUUUUAUAUCAUUUAAAAAGAGCUCUUCAGUAGCUUUCAAACAACACCAUCCCCACGCCUCUGUGAUCUACUGUGCUCGAGAAAGAGGGUGCAGAAAUUGGGCAUUUUAGCUAACUAUAAAGCUCUGUUUCUACUAUGGAACUCAUUAUGUUUCAGUCAUUUUCAAAGUCUUCAGGUCAGACACCAAGUUUAAUCAAAAUCUGUUGGGAGAAUUUGUAAAUUUAUUUAUUUUGGUGAAGAUAUGGUGAAGCUGUAGUAUAUUUUGUUUACAAUAUUAAACCUCUGUAGCAAUUUUUAAUUUAUUUAGUUUU